GCGGCGCGGGGGCAGCUGAGGAUGACGGCACCGAGAGCCGCGCACCUGGCGGGGCUCGAGAUGCUCUGGAGGCGAUUUGUGCCCAAGGCUCCGGUUACCGAUCUGCCAGGGCUAUGAGAGAGCGCGGCCCGCAGAGCCUCUGUGCACACGUCCUGUACGUGGGGCUGCUGCGACACCCGGGGAUGCUGCACAGGGCCAAGUACAGCCGCUUCAGGAACGACUCCGUAACGUCUCUGGACGAAGGGCCGCAAAACAUCAAAGGUUCCUCCUCCUCCUCCCACCCUUCAGCACCCAGCCUGCUGGCAGAGGACGUCCCGCUGGGUCCGCAGGACACCUGCACCACGCUGUGCGCGCUGAUCCCGCGCAUGGCCAACAUUAAACUCGCCAACCCCUCCGCUCUGCCCGGCCUGAAGAGCUUCUGCCUGGGGAGCAAGGAGGUGCCGAGGACCAAACUGACUGAGUGCGUCACCGUCCCUGGCGGCCCCUCCUCGCCUGAGCUCGGCUGCCUCUCGGCCUCGUACCCUCAGCCCGGCACGGAGGGGCCACACCUGACCGCGAGGCCCGCGGGCGGCUGCGCCGGGCGGGGAGCGGCGGAGGCGGUGGGCAGGCUGGGAGGCAGCCUCGUGCCCAGCGGGGAGAGUGCGGAGGAGCCGGGCACAAGCUACGGUGUGAGGUACAUGGGCUGUAUUGAAGUGCUGCAGUCAAUGAGGUCCCUGGACUUUGGCACACGAACACAAGUCACCAGGGAAGCAAUAAGCCGACUGUGUGAAGCCGUAUCAGGUACAAAUGGAGCGAUAAAAAAGCGGAAGCCUCCGGUUAAGUUUCUGUCUUCUGUACUUGGCAAAAGUAACCUUCAGUUUUCUGGCAUGAACAUAAAGCUGACCAUUUCAACAAACAGCCUCACACUGAUUAACACUGACACGCAGCAGAUUAUUGCCAACCAUCACAUGCAGUCCAUCUCAUUUGCUUCUGGAGGUGACCCAGAUACAACGGACUAUGUUGCAUAUGUAGCAAAAGAUCCUGUUAAUCAGAGAGCAUGCCACAUACUGGAGUGUCCCAAUGGGAUGGCACAGGAGGUGAUAAACACCAUAGGGCAGGCUUUUGAGCUCCGGUUCAAACAGUACCUGAAGAACCCAUCCAGCCUGGUGACUUCUAAUGAAAGUGAGGCAGUGAGUGCUGAUGGAUCAGCUGGGAAUUUACAGGAGAGGGAGGAUCAUGAAUAUUACAAUGAAAUUCCAGGGAAAGAGCCUCCCACUGGUGGAGUAUUAGACAUGCGAAUGAAAGUGCCAACAGACCAAAGGUCUGGCUGUUUUAUACAGUGCAAAAAGCAGCACUGCUUGACAGGCAGCCCGACAUCCAUCAACGUAUAUGAAAAUUGCCCAGAAGAAAACAAAACCAUGGGUUCUUGUGGUGAAAGAUCACAGAAGACAAAGAAAGAUGCAACAUUACUGAAGUCUGCCUACAGAACAGAUCUUUUCGAUGAUCCGUGUUACAUCAACACGCAGGCCCUGCAAUCUGCAGUCUGUGCAGCCCGGGGUACAGCAGCAACGCAGAUCGCUGGCAGCCCACUGAGUCACACAAAGUUACCAGAAACUGUGCAGCAGAGUGCCACAAGCAACACAGCUGGUCUCUGUGUUCUGCCACAAAUAAAACAACAGCUAAGGAAUGAAGAUUGUUACCAUGGCAAAUUAAACAGGAAAGCAGCAGAGAGCCUCUUAGUCAACGAUGGGGAUUUUUUGGUGCGAGAGAGCACAUCAUCACCUGGUCAGUAUGUCCUCAGUGGACUUCAGGGAGGGCAAGCAAAGCAUCUUCUCUUGGUGGAUCCUGAGGGCAAGGUGAGAACCAAAGACCAUAUAUUUGAUAGCGUGGGUCACCUUAUUCAAUAUCAUAUGGAAAAUAAUUUGCCAAUCAUCUCUUCUGGAAGUGAAGUGAGCUUGAAGCAGCCUGUAAGGAAAGAGAGUAAUAUGGGACACUUGCAUUAUCACAAAUAAUCCCUUGGAUCUCACAAACCCCAAGACAAUUUGUAUCUGGAAACUUCAUUGACUAUUAUAAAACUUCAUAUUACGAAGACAGUUCAAAAGGAAUAGACUGCACUUUCUACUGCUGUUCCAGAAGAUAUCCUUUUGUGUGUGUGUAUAUAUGAAUAUAUGUAUAUGUGUAUAUCUAUGUAGAUCUAUAGAGAUCAAUAAGCAUAGUUAUAUAGAUAUAUAUAAUCUUAACAAAAUUACACCUUCAGAGUGUGAGAUUCAUUUGCGAGAGGAUAUUUUAGACAUGCACAAAUGUCACUUUCAAGGUCAUACUGAAUCAGUAACUAUUUAAAAGCACAAUCAAACCUCUACAUGUAAAAGCUCACUUGAAUGAACCACUGGAACAUUAGUACGUGCCUUUUAGGUUAGAGUUAUUGGAAACCAAUAUUAUUUAUACUGAAUUAGUUUUGGAUGGUUAAACAAACAUGUCUAACCUUUUCGCUAUUUGCCAAAACAAAUGCAAUUUGAAUAUUGCUAAAAUAUCACCUGCUUUCAAUAGACACUAACAAUCUCAUUUUGCUUGUAACAGCACUUUACUAGCAAGUAAUGUUUGAAAUGAAUGGUGUUCACAAUACAAAAAGAUUGUAUGGUUUCUUGAUUAUUUUUUAUCACUGACAACUCAAAGACUGAGAUUAUGCAAUAUUUACAGAGUUGAAAUUGAUACGUGUAAUAUAAUUUUGGAAUAGAACUUACUAAGGGGCAAGCAUGCUAGAUCCUAAUAUUUUUGUCUUGCAUAAAAUUUUACUAUUAUUACCAAUUAAUACCGGAGUAAUCUCUUUUUAAAAGUAGGCUAAAUAUAUUUUCAUUAAUUACAUAGCUGUUUACAAGCUAGAAAAGCUGAACAAAACUAAUGAUACAUUUUGAGAGAAAACUAUUUAAAAGACUGUUUGAACUGUGCAUGUGCCCUUAUUCAGUAUUCUUUCCAAAACAAUAUAUGAUUUCCUCUUUAUUCACGUAGAGUUCAAUUGUUCCUAAAGUCUUUUAAAGGAAAAUUAUCUAUUGUUUGGUCACAAUAAAUAAUCUAAAUACAAACACUCGUAUAUUCCCAGUUCACAUUAGUUUCUUGGGCUUCCUGUUGAAGAAACUGAUUUAGUAGGUAACUGAAAAAAAGGGAAGAUAGAUCUGGGAAAUUAGACUGAAAGUCCAGGUAAUAGCCUGAGAAAGUUGUACGUUUAAGAUAAGUAAUGUCUUCUGGCACUGGCAGGGACAUUCUCUGUCUCCUAGCCUACCAACAUAGUUCUGUCAGGUAGACAGUUUUUGACCAAUUAGCAGAAGAAAAUAUUUGACUAUUAAGAAAAAGUUAUCUUCAUGUUAAAUGGGACAGUAUAGUAAGAGCUCUGUCCUCUGGAAAACAAAAGGAGUCAUUUGGACUAAAAAAUUGAGGACAUAAGCUUUCUUAGAGAAUAUGAUGUAAAGAGCCACAUUUAGAGCAGUCCAUAAUUAGCUUUACUCUUCCUCAGCUAAGCAGGCACAAAAUAUGCUUCAUUCCUUGAGAACAACAUGAUAUUACAUAUAACUGAAGAGGUGAGAAGCUUUAAAAUAUUGGUGCCUGAUCUCCUUGGAUAAUACUCUGGCAUUAAGAAAAAAAAAAAAAAGAGAAAAAAAAAAGGUCCCUAAAAGAAGUUCUUGCUAAAGUUUUGUACCAGCGCAAGGUCAGAUGGACAGAAACUCUAAGUUUGGGAUAGUAAAUGCCUGCAUAGUUUCCUUUCUAUUCUUAGGUCUUACUGAACUUCAUACAGUGUAAAAUGCUUGAUGUGAGUUCACUGAUCAAACUGAAGCAAAAAUAGCUACUUCUGUGGUAUGCCAAGGGGACAGGAAGACCUGCAUAAGGUGACUUUGAUGUUUUCAUCAAAGGUGAAUUUUCUAACAGGUCAUAGAAAGCAAAUAUGCUGAACUCUGUUUUGUAACAAAAAUCACAGCUACUGGUGACUAGAAUAAUACUGUUUUGAGUUGGGAUAGCUUGAGUUCAAAGCUGUAUUAAUUUGGCACUCAAAAUACUGACUUAAGAACUUUUUCACUCCAUCAAUUUUCACUUUACCAGUGCAAAAACAUCCCGAGUGUGUAUGUGACAUUUGGAACACUGUGUAACAAAGUCUUGCUCUAUGAAUACCACAAACUGAAACAAAAGUAAGACCAGAAUCUUUAUUUUGUUGCUCCUGAAUCAUUUGUGUAUGAAGUAAAACUAUGAAGGAAAAGGGAAAGAAGUGUGAAUUAACAGGGCAGUGUUGCAACAGUGUAGUGAUUGAUUUAACACUGAUCACAGCUAAGUACUCCUCCUUAACAGAAUGGGAGAGUGAAAUAUAUGAUAGAGAAAGGGUUUGUGGGUUGAGAUAAAGACAGGGAGAUCACUCACCUAUUACUAUAGUGGGCAAAACAGACUCAGCGUAAGGGCAAUUGAUGCAAUCUGUUGUCUAUUAAUAACAGACUGUAGAAGCGAGAACUAAAAUCAAGGCAAAAACACCAUCCACCCCUUCUACCCUCCUUCUUCCUGAAUGGCACAGAGGAACAG